CUGAUAAGGAAUGAUAAACAAUGUCAAUUUUGUUUUGCAUAUUUUGUGGAAUUUUUGAACUAAAAUUAUUUUAACUUUUACCAAUUUUAGGGCCUCAAAAUAUGUGCAUUGUAUUUAUUUAUAACGGAGUCAACGAUGUUGAAAGCGAAUAUAGCCUAAUUCUAAUUUCAAAUAGAGACGAACACUUCAAUCGCCCAGCGCAAUGUAUGUCCCCUUGGAUCGACGAUUGUACUGUUUACGGAGGUAAAGAUUUAGAACCAGGUUGUGAAGGAGGUACAUGGCUGGCCGUAGCGCCAAUUCGUAAAAAGCUAGGACUGCUACUAAAUUUACCAGGAGUGAAAAAAGAAAAUGCUAAAAGCAGAGGUAGAAUUGUAUCAGACUAUGUAAGAAGUGAAAUGGGCAUGACAGAUUAUGUUGAAUGUAUACACGAUUAUUCUAUGCAGUGUAAUGAAUUUGUAUUUUUGUCGGUUGAGAUAGGGAAUUUAACACCCAAAAUAAAAACAUACAGCAAUGCAACAGAUGAAGUUAACCAGUGGACUGACACAUACUUGGGCUUUAGUAAUUCUCUUCCCAACAGACCCUUGAAGAAAGUUGAAGCUGGCAAGAAAUAUCUUAAAGAUAUUUGCAGUAGACUAAACAAAACAAAGGAUAAAUCACAACUUAUUGAUGAACUUAUUUAUUUACUGAAAAACAAUGAAAGACAUUUACCAGAUAACCAGUUGGAGAGUAGACAACCAAAUCUUUAUAAAGAACUAAGUUCAAUUUUUGUACACAUCCCAAAAGGGAAAUAUGGAACAAGGGCACAUACCAUUAUGCUUCUGAGCAAGUCAGGGCAUAUAGAUUUGAUUGAAAUUAGCAUGAGAUCACCUAUUGAUGAUGAAAACCCAUAUUGGGAAAGGAGUGAAUUUCAAAUUGACUUAUUAUAAAUCUAGUCUUUAA